CCCCCUGUGUCACUUUAAUGUUAAUGGUAGGGGGGGGGGUAAGUACUGGGGCUGCGCUAAGUUACUGAGCCCCCCUGUGUCACUGUAAUGUUAAUGGUAGGGGGGGUAAGUACUGGGGCUGCGCUAAGUUACUGAGCCCCCCUGUGUCACUGUAAUGUUAAUGGUAGGGGGGGGGGGUAAGUGACCGGGAGCUGAGACUGAGCCCCCCUGUGUCACUGUAAUGUUAAUGGUAGGGGGGGGUAAGUUACCGGGAGCUGAGACUGAGCCCCCCUGUGUCACUGUAAUGUUAAUGGUAGGGGGGGGUAAGUUACCGGGAGCUGAGACUGAGCCCCCCUGUGUCACUGUAAUGUUAAUGGUAGGGGGGGGUAAGUUACCGGGAGCUGAGACUGAGCCCCCCUGUGUCACUGUAAUGUUAAUGGUAGGGGGGGGUAAGUUACCGGGAGCUGAGACUGAGCCCCCCUGUGUCACUGUAAUGUUAAUGGUAGGGGGGGGUAAGUUACCGGGAGCUGAGACUGAGCCCCGCUGCUCUGUAUGAGUUGAAAUGGGCGCCGGUGCGAAUGCGAUGAAUGCUAUUGGCCGUGGGGCGUGAAAAGCAGAACGUUCAGACGGUGACAGUCCCCGCCUCCCCCCCUAUAUAAGCUCUCGUCGCCUCCCAGUCGCCAUUUGCUGCCCCGCUAUGUCUGUAGCUGAAACUCAGCCGCUCCCGGAGAGACAACCUUUCCUGCCCGAUAACUGCCGGGUGGAUCUGAACGGAUCCGCAAGCUAUAAGGCUGCUCCUGCCCCCCAGCAGCCCCCCCAGGUAAGUGUGAGGGUCCCGGGUCCUUAACUUUCCCUGAGCCCUCUGCCCCUGUAACUGCUGCACUGUCCCAAAGUGAUGCCCCGGCAGGUACCGUAUCUCUGCCCGCGUCUGUGUAUUCACUUAUAGAUUUACCCAGAUUAGUACCGAGUACACUACAGUACCUAUGGGUGCAACACAGUACCUAUGGGUGCAAUACAGUACCUAUGGGUGCAACACAGUACCUAUGGGUGCAACACAGUACCUAUGGGUGCAACACAGUACCUAUGGGUGCAACACAGUACCUAUGGGUGCAACACAGUACCUAUGGGUGCAACACAGUACCUAUGGGUGCAACACAGUACCUAUGGGUGCAUGUGUGGCUGCAUUGUGCCUAGUGAUGUGCGGGGUGAGUAAGGAAUGCCCUUAACCCUUUGUGUCAGGGAGCCAGAGAGUAAGAGAUACAGGUGGAGGCGAUACUAUUUGCUCUCAGCAUUACAGGGGUUACUAAGUGUCGGGGCAGAAGGGAGGCUGCUGUGUGGCUUAUACAGGCUGCACUGAUUUGGAUUAUAACUUUCCUUCUCCUUUAACCGACUCCUACACAUGAGCCCUUUGGUUAAACCUCAAAUGUGUCUCCAUGCUGCUACUAUGGGUCGGGUUUUAGCGCGGCUCCUGCUCUGCAAUGAUUUUGUCUGCGCUUCAAUCUCGCCCGGAGGAACAACCUUUCCUGCCAGAGAAGCCCGGUAACUCCCGGGAGGGUAGGAACGGAUCCGCAAGCCCUGAGGCUGCUCCUGCCCCCCCGCAGCCGGCUGACCCACUGGACAAUGGCAGUGCUGGCGCUGGGGACCCGGAAGCACCAAAGAACCAAGGGUGCCGCUCAUUAUGGCUGAGAUUUCAGCAGGAAAUCUCCUGGCACAACCUCUGUAUUCUACUCGUUGGAAUUGCGAUUGGAGUUGCCAUUGGAAUAGUGACUGGAAAAGGAAGCGAAAGAGAGAAUUAUGAAAAUACAACUCCAACUCUCACAACUACCCCUGGUAAGUGUGAGCUGCAGGCACCUACCCUGGGGCUCCUGGUUAUGGGGGGGCUUAUAAGGAGUCACUCACACAAACACACACAUGGAGAUUUGCUAAAUCUGGGAAAGCAUGGGAGACAAAUCUCCCCAGAAUUCUUUCCUGCUGGCAAUAAAAUGGAUCACCGGUGGGAAAACAUAUGCAGUGCUCGGUUAUCCCACCGCUGUACAGCCCGGCAGGUUCUGUUCUUCUGCUCUCUCUGUAUAUUCUACUCAGCAACUUCCCUGGCUGCACCUUUAUCUUCUGCUCGUGCCAAAUGGCUCGGGGUUUGGGUCUCUCCUCCUCACUCUCUAACCAGCCCCUUAUUCAGCAGAGCUCCCUAUGCUGGGAGGGUAACAAUCCCUGUACAACUGAGUUACUACUCCCAUCCCUCUCGCUGCUGCCUUGACCUGUUACAGUCUCUCAGCUCAGAUCUCCUCUCAUUGUAUCACCCCCCCCCCCCAUUCCACUACCUCUUGAAUAUUUAGGGGACUUCAGUAUCUCCUCUGAGUCCGUCAAUGUGCCUACUAACUCUUUCCCUUUCAUCUCCACUGCCUACCAGUGAUUAUAUUUUCAGUAGUAAAGUGACUGUUAUGGUUAAAGUAACUAAGAGGGCUCCAUGUUGGCUCCUGCAAUAAUCUGAUUCCCUUUCCCACUGUGCUAAUUUCUGGUCACAUCACAGCAGUGCAGCAAAGUAGCUCCCUUACGCCUCUGGUAUCUCUGGCUCCUUCUGAAAGCUCAGACUCAGGCACACUUUACU